UCCGGGGCGUGUAAGGAAAAUCCCGCGAGCUCAGACUAAAAACAAAGUCAAGAUGUCCACAUGACUGUCAUUCUCACCAGUUUAUUUAUCAAGUUAUAGUAUAAUUUAUCCGCCGUAAAUCAACAAGAAGAACUAAUAAACUCUCACAGCUUUUAGGGUAUAAUGAGACAUGAACAUGGAUCUUUUGAGAAGACCUGCCAUUCCCGAAGACGCGGUCCAGUAUCAGCUGUUUCUGGUUCACCCUGACCCAUCAGACGCAGAAGCCAAUGAAAAGUCCCUUAAACAGAUCUUGCAGAACAUCCUCGCUGAGAUCGCCCCUCUUCUGGUGCCGUACAUCUGGCAACAUCAGCCCUUCAAUAUAAGAUACCACCCUGAGAAAGGUGAUGUGCCUGCACACCUGGGUGGUGUUACUGAGUUUGGUGAUAAUGUUGAGGAUGAAUGGUUCAUCGUUUACCUGCUAAAAGAGAUCACACGCACCUUUAGUGAUGUAGCUGUUGUUGUUUAUGAUAAUGAUGGACAGUUUAUUCUGAUUGAAGCAGCUGAACACCUGCCAAAAUGGCUGGACCCUGACAGCAGUGAAAAUAGGGUGUUCCUGUACCGGGGAGAGCUGCACAUAUUACCCAACCGUACACGUUCUGGAGAGGUUGGCUGGCCCAGAGACUCAGUGCCUGCUGUGGGUCAAGCUCUAGAGAUGCUGCACUCACACGCUGAGAGCUGUUUAGCCGAACAGCCCAUACGCUCCGCUCUGGCCAGGAGGCUGGAUGGGUAUCCAGAUAUAAUCCAGCAGAAUUUCCACCGCACCCACUGUUACGUGCCGGCGGGCAUCGCUGUGGUGUUGUCUAGGAGGCCUGACCUUAUAGCCCCGGCUGUGUCUGCUUUCUAUCUGCGUGACCCUGUUGACCUCCAGGCCUGCCGUACUUUCCGCACGUUUCCUCCUGACACCAGAGUUAUGACAUCAGUGAAGUUUACUCGAUGCUUGUACGCACAGCUGCAACAACAGAGUUUUGUUCCAGAUCGGCGGAGUGGUUUCACGCUUCCCGCCCGCUCUCAUCCCCAGUACAGAGCUCACGAGCUGGGAAUGAAACUGGCCCAUGGCUUUGAAAUCAUGUGCUCCAAAAGUGGACAUUCUUCAUCAGAGCAAGAGUCUUCAGUCAGCAGUAACCCAUUAUGGAGAGGCUUUUUAGAUAGCCUUAAAAAGAAUGGCUACUUUAAGAGUGAACUAGAAGGAUCAGCUCGAUACAAAGACUUACUGACAUCAGCAGAAAGUUUCUUCAGGCAGUCGGUAACCAGCACUCAUCGGCCUGAUAUUCAUAAUCCUGGUGAUGAGGUGUUGAAAGUCUUGGAGUGCGCCUCCUUCAAUUUGGAAGACCUCAAAAACCAAGAGGCAUAUCUACCACCAGAGGAUAGUGAUGCGUGGUUGGACAUCUCACCUCAGGAGCUGGAGAGGCUGCUUGAGGAGAAAGGAAGUCGAAGAAUGAGUGAUGGCACUCGUAAGACGGCACAGCCUGAUGAGGAGGUCCAGGAGGAAGAAGCUGGCUACAGUCUGAUAGCUGUAACGCAAGGCAUGAAGAACUUCAUCAAUGCCAUGUCUUCUCAUGAAGGUGCUGAAAUACCCAGGUCUUGCUUGGUUGAGCCCUUCAGUUUUGAUCCAGAUGCAGUUACCGGUGCUCUUGAUAGAUUGUUAGGAACUAAGGAUGAGGAGUUAGACUCUGACGACUUUGAUGAUGAUGAUGAUGAUGAUGAUGAUGACGAGGACGACAAUGAUGUCGAUGAGAAUGAAGAAGUGCAGAAUGGUGGCUUUCAGGAGCAGACAGGUUCAGAGGAGCUGGAGAAUCUGAAGAAGUACAUGGAUGAAAUGGACCAGGAACUGCAAAGCACAAAUAUUGGCCAAAGCUUUACACAGAAUAACAGAGCCAGUAAUAAAGGAGAUGCAUCUAAAAGCUCAUCAGCCACCUCGGGCUCAGAGCUUGCUGAGGACGAAAUCCAGCCGCUUGAUGUGGAUCUCAACCUGGUUACAAAUUUACUUGAAUCUCUAGCUUCUCAGGUGGGUCUAGCUGGGCCUGCGUCUAAUCUACUGCAGAGUCUAGGCAUCCACAUCCCACCUGACGCAGAUCAGCCCUGAUAAGAAAUAGAAGAAUCAUCUCACAGAUUCUUAUCACACACUCAGCGUUCCUUCACCUAGUAAACUGCUGAUUAUCAGCUGAUUAUAUUUGAAUUUAUUAUCUUCCGUUCCACACCUAGUACCUCCAAACAUUGAUGUUUUCUUCAAAACAGAGCACUUCCAUUAAAAUUGACUGGGAAUUUCUUCCUGCACAUAAUCUGAUAAGUUGUUUAUCAUGUUGUUCAUAAUUAAAACAUAUUUUACUCCCUCUUUUGGAAUAAAGAAAAUAUUUUGAGAUGUUUCUAAUUACAGUUAGUGUCAUUUUGUUGAACCUAUAGUUAUGCUCUACAACAGAAAUAUCAGCUACAGCUCAGCUAUCUGUCAGAGAAAAGGAAGGGGAAUGUUUCCCUGUGCUUUUCUACACUGAUAAACCAAACAAAUGGCAUGCUGGUGUAACAUUAACCAAGUCUGUACUGAUAAAUCAAUCAUGCCUGAUUAGAAGGAAAGCCACACAGCUCCAAUGGUGAACUUUUUUAACCUCUUGAUUCUCACUUGGAAAGACUUUGGCCUAUGCAGGUAACAACACCAACGAGUUCUAGGAUUUCUGGUGGUCUAAAUUUGUGCAUUACGUUCCACUUCCCUCAUUUAGAAAAAAUGCAGGAAAUUUAAUACAUACAAUUUACAUACAAAGAAAUGACAAGAAAGAAGCUGAAACACUUGGGAAUUUAGUUUGUGUAUGAGAAAACCUCAAUAUGUUUUAUUUGCUCCAUACUUUAACAAUAAUACUGUAGUCGGCACUGUAAAUUAGGAGCUAAACAAAUACAUGAAUCACAGGUUUUCUAUUUAAAUAAUACAUAUUACUAUUGUAAUAGUCUUAAAUUGUUGAUAUGCUACUUAUGGCUGUGAUUUCUACAAACCAUGCAUUUGAAAGGCUCUGUUGUGAGUAAGGUUACUGUAGAAUAAUAUACUUAGGUGAAUCUCACAAAGCUUGUCAAGAACAUGCUUAGAUCAUUUUUCACCUUCUAUAUAUAUUGCAUUAAAAAAUGAGGCUUAUUUUUAAGGCCCAAG